AUGCACUUCCGAGUUGUUCCCUUGUUUGCCGUGUUGGCACUUUGUGCGCUCAAGGCGCAGCCCGCUGGAUCUCGUGCGGUCGCUCUGGCGUCCAGGGAAGGCCCAGAGGACCAUGAGGCGCCUUACCCCGACGUUGCUGAGCGCAGGGGCUCCCUUUCCUGCGAAUAUAUGCUUCUGCUCUUUGUUAGCCAUCUUUGA